AUGUGCGCGGCGGGGAGGCGCUGGGGCCGGAGGCAGCGAGCUCUGCUCUGGGCCGUCCUGCUGGCGGCGUGGGAGGCAGCGUGGGGGCAGCUGCGCUACUCGGUGCCCGAGGAGAUGCCAAAGGGCUCGUUCGUGGGCGACGUGGCCAAAGACCUGGGGCUGCAGCUGCCGGCGCUCCGAGACCGCGGAUUUCAUAUCUUGGACAAAGGUAGGACGCAGUAUUUCGCUCUACAUGGGAAAACGGGACAUUUAGUGACGGCGGAGAGGAUCGACAGAGAGCAGCUGUGCGAGAAUGUGCAGCAAUGCGUGCUGCGCUGUGAGCUGAUAGUGGAAGGGGAGAUGCAGGUGUACGGAAUCCAAGUGGAAAUCACGGACAUUAACGACAACGCGCCCAACUUCAGAGACUCAGAAACAGAGUUGAGAAUGAGCGAGAUGACAACUCCGGGAUCGCGGUUUCCUCUGCCAGACGCUCACGACCCGGACUCGGCUGCCGGCAAGAAGCAGCUGAAAUACUUCACGGUGAAUGAGGAGAACGGGAACCUGUACGUGAACGAGAGGCUGGACCGGGAGGAGAUGUGCGGCUCAUCUGCGACGUGUUCCGUCAGCUUCGAGGUGCUGGUGCACAACCCGCUGAACGUUUUCCACGUCGAAGUGGCCAUCGAGGAUGUGAACGACAACUCCCCUGUCUUCAGUAAAGCUGCUCUGGACCUCGAGAUUGGUGAAUGGGCGCUUCCCGGUGCUCGUUUUCCGCUAGAGAUCGCCCGGGACUCGGACGUGGGUAGGAAUUCGCUGCUCACUUACCAGCUCAGCAGCGACCCGUCAUUUUCACUGUCAAUGAAAGAAAAGCCGGGCGGAAAGAAGCAGCCGGAAUUAGUGCUAGAGAGAGCGUUGGACAGAGAGAAGAAGAGUUCUAUUGAUCUGGUACUGACAGCAGUGGACAGCGGGGAGCCGGCGAGGUCUGGGACUGUCCAGAUUCGCAUCAAUGUGACGGAUUUAAAUGAUAACCCUCCCGUGUUUAGUAAAACCGUAUAUGAGGCGAAAGUGGUGGAGAAUCUGCCUGCAGAGUCUCUCGUGCUGCAGGUGCAGGCGACAGAUGCGGACGUGGGCACCAACGGGCGUGUUUCCUACUCAUUCGGCAACGUCCCGGACGAAGUCCUCUCGCUGUUCUCAAUCGACAGCGAGAGCGGCGAGAUAAGGACGGCAGGUCCCCUCGAUUUCGAGGAGGAAAAGAAAUACAGUUUUGGCCUGCAGGCAACAGACGGCGGCGGGCUCACCGAUCACUGCGAAGUGCAGAUAGAUAUCACGGACGAGAACGACAACGCUCCCGAAAUCACGAUUCUAUCCCUGUCGAGUCCCGUGCCCGAGGACGCACCGGUGGGCACCGUGGUAGCCGUGCUGAACAUUCAGGAUCCGGACUCUGGCGAGAACGGUCAGUCCUACUCGCACGACGUGUCGCUCACGGCCGACUCGCGCAAGAGCCAGCUGCGCUUCUCGGCCAGCGGCAGCUGCUGCGACACCCUCCCGGCCCGGCCACUGCCCGACGAGCCCGCGCCGCUGCUCGGGGACCAGGACCCCGCCGGCGCCAUUCCCGUGGAUCCCUCCGCUCCCUCGGUUAGCCGGGAAAUGUCUCGGCAUUCUUCUGUUCUGUCAUCUUUGAGCCGCAUGUAG